GGUGGGCGUUCCUGGUCUUAGGCUUCUCAAGCUUAGAAGAAAUUGGGCUAGAAAUCCGAGGCCCAAGCACAGGUCACCACCAGCUUUCCAGCCAGAAAUUGAUCUGGAAACAUGCCCAGGACCUGGAUGACCUCAAGAGAGUUCCAACAAGCUUGACUACACCCACCAGGCUUUCAAGCUCCUGGGUGGACAAGCACACGUUUUGGCCCAGUCUCAGCUUGUUGGGAAGCAGUCAACUAUGAAGCUUCAUUAUCUGCUAUUUGUAUUCCUCAUCUUGUUCUUGGUGCCUGCUCCAGGGGAUGCAUUCAUACCAAAAACCCUCCGAAAAUUUUUCUGCAGAGUAAGAGGUGGCCGGUGUGCUGUACUGAACUGCCUUGCAAAGGAAGAACAAAUAGGGCGAUGUUCUAAAAGAGGUCAAAAAUGCUGCCGGAAAAAGAAGUAGAAGACCAUGAUUCAAAAUGAGAAUGUCGCCGGCUCUGCAGGGUGAGGGUGGGGAGGCCCUCCUCAAAAUGAGAAUGUCGCCCACUGUGCAGGGAGACCCUCCUGGAAAUGUAUACAAGUAAAAUCAAGUUAAUAUAUAGUUUUUAAGAAACUAA